UGGCCAAUCUGUGCUCAGCUGCCCUGCACCCCUUGGGCACCUUUGUGGGAAUGGAAUUGAGAUGGCCACCAAGGCCAUCCCUAUGAGAAUGGCUUUCAACCCAAGCGCCCCUCGGGACGCGUCCCCGUUUCCCCCUGGCAGGAACCCCUUGGGGAGCUGCUGGCUGCGCGCGUGUGGCGAGGCGCGCCUCUUGCUGGACAGAAGGAGAGUGCAUGGAAGGGGUUACGGAAGGGAGAGAGCCGAGAUGCCUAGAGAGGCCUGGGAAGAGACCCCUCCCUCCCCCACUUCCGUCUCUUACCUCCUCCUCCCCCCUCCCUGCUCGUCUUGGGAGGCUCCUCCGGAUGGAGAGGUCGGUGCGCUCGAGAGGGAUUCUGCGCGCAGGGCGAGGGGAGAGACUCUGAUUCACAAGUCUAAACACAUCUUGCCAGAAAAAGAAAAACACAGAAAUGUGAAGGGGAAAUUGAGAGGAUUUCCUUUCCCCCUACUCGGAAGCAAGCGAUAGAAAGGACAGUCAGAGCAAUCUGUACUUUCAUUAGGAAUCACGAAUAAACCAUUUCAAUAUAUGGAAUAAACAAUGUGAUUCAGUCAGUGAACACACUUAGUUCACAUCAAUGAACUGAAACAAUGGAGAUACCACUUAAAGGUAUGGAUUGUGGCAAGGACAUCUGUGGGAGUGGAACUCCUACAAAACAUCAAGGAACUCACACAGGGGAAAAACCAUUUAAAUGCAUGGAGUGUGGAACAUGCUUCCGUCAUGGACAAUCGCUAAGAAGGCAUCAAUAUACUCAUACAGGGGAGAAACCAUAUAAAUGUUUUGAGUGUGGAAAAUGCUUCACACAGAGUGGAAGCCUGUAUAUACAUAUGCGAAUUCACACGGGGGAGAAACCAUUUAAAUGCAUGGAGUGUGGAAAGAGCUUCCUUUUGAGUAAUCAACUUAAUGCACAUCAUCAAACUCACACGGGUGAGAAACCAUUCAGAUGUAUGGAGUGCGGAAAGAGCUUCUCUCAGAGUGGACAGCUUAAAAGACAUCAGCGAAGUCACACAGGGGAAAAACCAUUUAAAUCCAUGGAGUGUGGAAAGAGCUUCAGUCAGAGUGGAUACCUUAAAAACCAUCAACGAACUCACACAGGGGCAAGACCUUUUAAAUGCAUGGAGUGUGGAAAGAGCUUCACAGAGAGUGGAAUCCUUAAAAAGCAUCAACGGACUCACACAGGGGAAAAACCAUUUAAAUGCAUAGAGUGUGGAAAGAGCUUCAGUCAGAGUGGAUACCUUAAAAACCAUCAACGAACUCACACAGGGGCAAGACCUUUUAAAUGCAUGGAGUGUGGGAAAGAGCUUCACAGAGAGUGGAAUCCUUAAAAAGCAUCAACGGACUCACACAGGGCAGAAACCAUUUAAAUGCAUAGAGUGUGGAAAGAGCUUCUCUCAGAGUGGACACCUUAAAAACCAUCAACGAACUCACACAGGGCAGAAACCAUUUAAAUGCAUGGAUUGUGGGAGAAGCUUCACUAGACGUGGAACGCUUGGAAGACAUCAACGAAUUCACACAGGGCAGAAACCAUAUAAAUGCAUGCAGUGUGGAAAAUGCUUCGUUCAUAGUUCGAGCCUUAAUGUACAUCUACAAAUUCACACAAGGGAGAAACCUUUUAAAUGCAUGGAUUGUGGGGCAAGCUUCACUAGAAGUGGAACGCUUAGAAGACAUCAGCAAACUCACAGGGGAAAAACAAUUUAAAUGUAUGUUUGGUUGCAGAAUAAAUCCAGGCAUAUCUGGAGGAUAUGGACCAUUUGGACUGCAUUUCUUCCAGUUGAGUGUCAGGCCCUGCCAUCAGACUGAGACCGCCUUGUUGGCACUGGUUGAUUAUCUCUGGCAGGUGAGGGACAAAGGUAAAAGCUGUUUCCUGGUUCUGCUGGAUCUCUCAGUUUCUUUUUAUGCCAUUGACCACGGUAUCCGGUUACCGAUUUGUGAUAAAAAUAUAUACCUUACCCAAUUCAUUGAGAGUAAAGCUUUACUGGUCAGGUUGGCAACCGUUGAACCACAAGUAUUUACAAACUCCUCCAGUCAUCGUGCGCACAAAGUCCCCACACCUCUCACCUCUCGGCUUGACCUCUCAGAAGUCAAGAUAGAGUGAUCUGAAUUAACCAAGAAAGUGACUUCCGGUUUAGCGCCAUCGGCCAUGGCGGAAUUCCUCUGAUCCAGAGGAAUCUGCUCCGCGAAAAUCGGGUCUUGCCACCGCGGCUAAGACCCCUUAAAAAUCCCAGGCGGAAGAAGCCUGGGAACGUGGGAUUCGGCUGACACCAGGAGCACCCCCCCCCUACACGCAAGGAAACCCAUUUUCGGGGAUCCGAAGCGGUGCGGUGUUUUGAAUCGACCGCUAUUUUUACGGAGUGAAGCCGCACAGCCGUUGCCGGAGAGCACUGACUUUUUCCUGUGGAGAAUUGGACUCUAAGCAAGUACCCGUGAGUAGAACGGAAAAUUGGGCUUAGAAACGCUUUAAUUUGGCACUCAAACGGGAAGGUCUAAAACAGGAAGUCCUCCUUCCGUUUUUGUAAAUAGCCUGAAGCAAAAAUUGUGCAAGCUAAAGUCUGGAAAGUUCUACAUAAAGAUUUAAAAUUCCUCCUGUUUUAACCAUCUAAACCCCUCUUGGAAGUAGGAGUAAAGAGGGGGAUUUUUGACUGUGUAAGCCUGCAGGAGAGAGAGUAAAGAAAGAUAAAUUUCCACCGUCUCAAACCUGGGAACGGGGUGUCAGAGACAGAGAUUUUUGGUGAAGUUCAUUGACUGUGAAAGUAACAUCCGUUGACAGAUAGUUAAAGAAGAGAAACAAAUUGUCUCCAAUUUUGCAUUUUGCAUUUAAAAGAAACAAAAAACCCGUAAAAUGAAAGUAACUUUCUUUUGUUGGAUCUGCUUUCAAAAGAUGGAUACAAAUAGAAAUUGUCUCCUCUAGAGGGAGCUUGUUAAAUUCCUGCUGGAGUCGAUCUGGGGACUUUACAGCUGUGGUGAUAAGGAUCGUGGGACCAGACUGUGACCUUGAACAAAGAUGUGUUCGGAAGAAGUUUUGGUGCUUGCUUUUUGCAAGACAAGUGCUUUGUUGGAGCAGUUGCAUGAGAAGAUGGAUUUGAUGACUGUUGCAGUCAAAAAUUUUGGACAAACAGUGAAUAUUUAUACAGAAACCAUCCAGGAGCCAACUCAAGAACCUGUUCUGAUAGAGCAAGUGCAAACGCAGAAGAUAAUGGAGGAGGCCGCUGCUGGACCUCAAGUAAUACAAAUGGAGAAGCCCGAGGCCCUACAGGAGUAUAAGCCGUUGUUCUUGAAGGUUGAAUCUGGAGUGGGCUGGGGGGGAGUCUGGAGUUGUGGGGGCCCUUAAGUUUGGAGGGACUUUGAAAUAUGUUUUUAAAUAUUUUCUGGGCUUUACUGUUGACUCUCCUCUGCUGAGGAGAGACGGAGAUACUUGCGAGUUGGAACAUCCCCAAGACCUACUCCUCAAUGAGAAAGGAAAGAAAUUAAGAAAGAGAUCAACAAAAGAUGAGGUAAAGUGUAAGUACAAACAAGAAGAAGAUCUGCAGAAGGGACAUGGAAAAGACUUAAGGGCCUCGGACAUAAGAUUACCAGGUUGAUGGACUAGAUAAUGGACAGUAAGGAUUGACAUAACCCGAGACCAGGAAGAAGAGACGCUGGAGGAAGAUUGGAAGAAUUUUUUUUAAAAAAACAAUAUUUUGGGAAUUAAUGUAAAAUUAAGGAGCAUUAGGAAAAAUGUUGGAAUGAAAAUAUUUGGCUUUAGUAGAAAUGAUAUAAGGAAUUAUGUAUAAAUAAAUAUUAAGUUUUAAGCUUUAAGGUAUUU